GGCAGGAGGUUGGAGAUUCAUGAUCCUUGAGGUCCCUUCCAACCCUGGCCAUUCUGUGAUUUUGUGAGGAGACUCACUGCUCUCUUCAGAUGGAACAAAUGCUUUGUGUGCUUCUGAGCCCAGCACCAGUAUGGAAAAGCCUUCUGUCAGUCCUGGCUUCUGCGCCCCGCGCUGCUGUGAUCUGCCUGAGCUGCUCUCCAGGCAUCCCUUGGGUCGUGCAUUGGCUCAGCUGGCAGCAGCAGGGCUUAUUCACACGAUGAGGAUGUUGCUUUGUUUCUUCAGGAGUUCAAUGCCCCCGAUAUAUUCAUGGGAGUUUUUGCCAAAUCCAAAUGUCCUCGUCUGACUGAGAUCUGUGUGGGAAUACUGGGAAAUAUGGCCUGUUUCCAAGACAUAUGCAUGGCCAUUAGUAAAGAUGAGAAUCUCGGCCAAGUGUUACUGCAACGUUUGUGUGAUUCAGACUCUCCAACUCUCCUGGAAACAAGCAGGUUGUUGCUGACUUGCCUCUCCCAACCUGAGGUGGCCAACAUUUGGGUUGAGAGGAUCCGAGACAGCCCUUCAGUGUAUGACUGUGUUUGCUUUAUCAUGUCAAGCUCUACAAAUGGUAAGUUGCCACUGAGAAUGAAUGUUUUGCAGAGAAGACAAUAAGAACUGCAGUAUGCA